AACGCGAGCGGAGCCUCAUGCUGCGCUCUUGCUCUGCGCGCCCAUAUAAAAGCCUUCUGCGGCCUCGAACGAGCAGUUUGUUCUACACCGAGCUGAGCGCUGGAAGCACUGUCUCGACGAGACGUCCCCUUGUUCAAGGAUUAAAAAAAGGAAACUUUAUACGCCAACGAGUUCUUCACAUAGUAACAGCAACUGUUGUUCGAGUUGGCCGAUUUCGAGAGCAAAGAAGUUUCUUACAAGUUUUUUUCUUAAAAGACAACAAAUCAAGAUGUCGCUUGUGCCAUUAUUGUUCUCUGACUGGUGGGAGGAUUUGGACCGUCCUCACAAUUUGUUUGAUCAGCAUUUUGGCCUGCCAUUAGAUCCAGAGGACCUUGCUGAACGCAUUGCACCAAGGUCAGAAUUACUGCUCUACAAGCCUGGCAAACUGCGACACAGGUCAUCCCGCUAUCAUCCAUUCCUCCACAGUCUUAUGAGAAGAAGUGGUCGAGGAUCGUCCACUGUUACUCCUGAUAAGGAUAAAUUUGUUGUAACUUUGGAUGUCCAACAAUUCCAUCCUGAGGAGAUCAACGUAAAAGUUGUGGACAACACCAUCAUUGUGGAAGCCAAGCACGAAGAAAAAGAAGACGAACAUGGCUGGAUCUCUAGACAAUUCACUCGCAAGUACUUAGUACCAAAUCAAUGUGAUGUUGGACAAGUUGAAUCACAGUUGUCUUCUGAUGGAGUUUUGACCAUCACUGCUCCAAAGAAAGAACCUCCAAAGGCUGACUCCGACGAAAAAGUUAUUAAGAUUCGGUACACUGGAGAACCAGCUGUCACAAAUCGAGAAAAUGCAGCUGUUGAAGGAAGCUCAGGAGUAAGAGAGGGUGCUCAACAACGCCAAGCACCUCAGCGUGGAAAGAAAUCGACUGUCAAGGCUGCUUAAGUGAUUAACUUGUAUUAUAGUAUACUAUAUUUCUUAGUUUACUUUAUUUCUAAGAUUUGAAAUAACUAAGUUCGGAAUACUUUUUUUUGUUCAUUUUCAUUUUGUGUUAAAGAUUGUAUGUUCCUUCAACAUGAUAAUCAUAUUUAUUUCAUGAAUUUAAAUUAAGUUUAAUAUAGUUUGUAUACUUUAAUGUUCAAUGUAAGUUUUGAUGAUUUCCUAUUGCAUUCAUCAAGUAUUUGUAAUUCAAUUACUUAAAGAGUGUUGAUCAUCUGCGUACAAAUAAUAAAUAUAAGUUUUUUUAUAUAUUGAUGACUAGUUCUGUAGGUAUCAAUGAGCAAAAUGUAAACUUCAAAAAAGAAAUGAAUAAACCAGUGUUUUGAUAUAAAA